AUGACCGCGCUCUUCAACUUCCAAUCUCUGCUCCUAGUCAUCAUCCUCCUCGUCUGCACCUCGACAUACGUACAUCAGAUCUUCCCCGCGAUCCUCGACCGGAACAAGGAUGGCAUAAUGGGCAUCUUCUGGAAGUGCGCGAGGAUAGGCGAGCGGUUAAGUCCGUAUGUUAGCAUAUGUUGUGUUCUCAUGGCGGUACAAGGAAGUGACAGCCACAGCCCCGACGACAGGAGGAUCGAUUUCUUGCGGAAGGCAGGCAGGACAACAGGGGUGGCGGACUUUGAUUUGAAGGGAUCGUCAACGACGAAGCAGCCGGGCGACAAUGAAGAUACGACGGGCAAAACAGAAGACGAAGAUCGGAUAUGCUCGAGGAUACCGGUACUUUACGAUCGACUAUCGAAGCCCGCAACUCACCACAUCCGGCCCAUCACCCUCGGCAAGUCGUGA